AUGGUGUUUCGUUUUAUAUUUCGAUAUUUGUCAAACAAUGAGAAGUUGAUUGAACGAUUAAGUGAAUCGUAUCCAAUUCGGCGAGCUGCACAAAUAACUGUGGAGUUUAUGAAUAGAGGAAAACAGAUUACUGAAACAGAAACCGUGAAAAAAAUCUCGAAAUUCGAUAUAAAAUCAUUUUUACAAAGACUUUCUAGCAAUGUUAAAGAAGAAAUUCAAGAUGCAAAAGAUAAAUUUAAAAAAUAA